GAAUGUUUCCGAACGAGACCAUUUAGAGGCUGCUAACUCCGGAAGCCUUGUCGUUAACAAUUUCUAGUUUUAUGUGGCCCUGUCAACACAAAGAGAAAACCUGAGGGUUCAAGAUGGACAACGACCAACAGAGCUGUGAGUCUAAAGAGAGCCCCGACCGGUCCAGCCUGGUUUCCGACGACGGCAAGAACAUCAAGUCCGUGUUGUGCCAGCGCUGCGGGUCCAAGGUGCUCUGCCCGGGGAUGGCCGUGUUUGCAGAGAAAGAGCUGUUUCUGCCAUCAGUGCGGACAAAGAGGAACCUGAGCACAUCAGAUGGCUCUGUAGACGGGGACACUCUGACUGCCCACUGGUUAGUGGACGACAUGUUCACCUUUGAGAAUAUUGGCUUCACCAACAAUGUGGGUCGAAUCAAGUAUCUCAUCUGUGCAGAUUGCGAAAUUGGACCCAUUGGUUGGCACUGUUUGGAUGACAAAACAAGCUACUAUGUUGCCUUGGAAAGGGUGAAUCAUGCAUAGUGUACAUGCAUAUGCCCAACAGGACUUCAAACGUUGCAGAAGCAGGCCAUACAUCUUUUCAUGGAUUUGAUAUCUACCAGAGUUAACUCAUCAAUCUCCCACACACACCACACACACAGAUGUGUGCGUACCACAAAGAUUUGAUCAUAACGACAGGACUGCAGUGAUAACUUUCUCCUUUAUCACACACACUGUGAUCUAUGCGUUCUAAUAAUUUUUUUUUUUUUGGAUUGCUGAUGUUGAAUAUUAUUGUGCUUUCAUACCUACUAUGUUUCGGAUUCCUUAAUCUCAAUCUGUUUUAGGCAUAUUCUGCCAUUGUUUGAACAUUCCAUGAAAAAAAGGCAGGCGACAUCAGACUGAUGAGAUGAAAAUGCCAGCAGGGUAUUACUAUGAUGUGUGGAAUAAAUGUUUCUCAUCUAGUGCAUAACUGACUGACUGAAGAAUUAACUUCUCAGUUCAUCUGAACAAAUAUCAGAUUUCCCUUUGUACAGACGUACUGUAUAGAAACAACAGGGGUAAGCGCAUGUCAUGUUGUGGUCGGCAUCUUAUGCCUGUGAUACUCAACUUGCUGUAUUCCUACUUGUCAAAUUUAUUGGCUGCAAGAGGUGUUUAAAUACAGAUUGAUAUCCAAAACUUUGUUACUAAAAUGCACCAUUUCCGGAGCCUGCUUACCUGUAACUUACUGUAGAUAUGAAAAUAAUGUACAUGGUUCCUCAUUGCCGGGACCUUGUACCUUGUACAUGUAACCUCCAAAUAAACAAUAAACAUGAUCAAGUGUU